GAGUUUACGAGUUGCGUUCCUGGCCCAACAGCAUCUCGCCACCCAACUACCGAGCCCACCACCCCUUGGUGGCCGAAAAUGGGAUACGGCAAGGGCAAAAAGCAACCAUCCCCAGAAAGCUAACCCACACCAUCCCCCCCCCGCCAUAGUAUGGGGAAAAUGACAGUGACAUUUUCUGAGUCAUCAUUCACCGACCUCCGUUUGAAACUGGGGACACUAAGGGAAUUUUUGAAUGUCACUGUCUUGGCCGCGCCCCCUUUUGGCCCCUCCGUUGCACAGAACAGCAUCCGCAGGCUCCGGAUCAUGCUAUUCUUGGCCGACAACAUUUGCUUAUGUCGUCGCAAUGAUCUGAUAUACACAGGACGCGAGUGGGGGAAGGGGGGAGGACGAAAAAAAAAACAUCCUUCCGGCUACGAAGAUCCUAUGGAGUUGUCAAACAAAAACUUUUCUGUUCUUUUCUUCUUCUUACCCCACGGAAACCAGGCAAAGUGUCAGAAUCGAUGCCAACGCAACGCCUUCAUGCCAGUGACAGUGGGGCAGGGUGUGAUAUCAUCCCCCAGAGAAAUACGUAAUGCCGUCCGUUCCAGACCUUUUUUUCACUCUCCUGAAUCCUGGAGACGGGAGGGACAAGGACGGAUAUGGUAGGGAAGAGAGCUCGAGAGCCGGAGGGGGGGGCAUGAAAAAGGGUUGUUGACUUGCUGGAGGGGUCCUUGGGACCCAGGGGAACUGACUCUUGCACCUGCGCCGAAACUCCACAUCAGCGCAUCAUUCCAUCAGGUUUAUCGAAAUGUUCGUUC